AUAUUCUGUGGCCGACGUGUGCGUGGUUCGAAGAAGAAAGCGCGGCGGGCGCCAGUAUAAAAUGGGAGGCAGUCUCGACCGUUCUUAGCAGCGAGAUCAAGCACGAACCACUCGAGUCGUCUUCGAGCCAUCUCUCUGCCCGUGUGCUGCUUCCCUGAUCAACCAUGGGUGGCGGCCACGACAUGGGCGGUGGCCACAACGGCGGCGUGAAGGGGUUUGUGUCCAACCUCGUCGGCGGUAGCAAAGGCCAUGGGUAUGGGUACGGCCAGCAGGGCCACGGCGGCUACGGCAGCAGCUACGGACACGGCGGUUACGAGCAGGGCUAUGGCGGCCACGGCCAGCAGCACGGUGGGUAUGUGCAGCAGGGGCACGGCGCCUACGAGCACGGCUAUGGCGGCGGACACGUGCAGCAGCACGGGCACGGGCACGGCCACGAGCACGGGUACGGCAGCCACGGAUAUGGCGGUCAUGAGCAGCACGGCUACGGCGGCGGCCAUGUUCAGCAGCACGGCUAUGGACAUGCCGCCGGCGCCUACCCUCCGCACGGCGGCUACCAGGCCCACGGCUACGCGCCGGCGGCAUACCCCUCGCAUGGCUCGCACCACGGCGGCGGCCACAUGGGAUCGUACCACACCGGGCACGGCGGCGGCUACGGCCACGGUCAUGGCGGGAAGUUCAAGGCCGGCAAGCACGGCAGGAAGUGGAAGUGAAUCCAGUAGCGGGUACCCACGUCGUUCGCGUGCUCUAUGUACGUAUAUGUACGUGUGCGCUCCCAUGUGAUAUGCCCCGGUUAAACCCUUGCGUAUAUCUUCAUAUCUUGGUCGAUCUAACCAGGCUUCCUAUGUACUGUACUACAUAUCACGUAUGUAUACAACCUAAGUUAAAUAAAGAGCUACGCGCGCGUGUUGUGUGACAUGUAGCUUUGCUCGAGUAGAUGGAGUCAUCAGGUUGAUGGUGCCGUGAGGAGAAGGGUUUUCUAGCGACUUAGCAUAUUUGGCUCAGGUGUUAUGAACGUCAGUCGCCAGGUACAAAAGGAAUGAGUGAGCUGAUAAAUAUGUGUCUAUAUAAACUCAUCAAAUUUGAAAUCCAUAUAUGAGUGACAAAAAGAUGAAAACACCGCUCAGUCUUUU